CCGCCACAUCAUUAUAUAUACCCUUCUCCCGCCUCUGUUUUAGGUUUCAACCUUCACUUCAGCCCUCCACAUGGCCGCACCUUCGGAGCUUCACUUGCCACCGGGCUUCAGAUUCCAUCCCACCGAUGAUGAGCUCGUCAUGCACUAUCUCUGCCGAAAAUGUGCCUCCCAACCUAUAGCCAUCCCCGUCAUUGCUGAAAUCGACCUUUACAAGUACGAUCCCUGGGACCUUCCCGGCAAGGCUCUGUAUGGAGAGAAGGAGUGGUACUUCUUCUCGCCCAGGGACCGCAAAUAUCCCAACGGUUCCAGGCCGAACCGCGCUGCCGGCACGGGGUACUGGAAGGCCACCGGGGCUGACAAACCCAUCGGACUUCCGAAACCCGUCGGGAUCAAGAAAGCCCUGGUUUUCUACUCGGGGAAAGCGCCCAAAGGGGAGAAAACCAAUUGGAUUAUGCACGAGUAUCGUCUGGCCGACGUGGAUCGCUCCGCUCGCAAAAACAACACCUUGAGGCUGGAUGAUUGGGUGCUUUGCCGAAUAUACAACAAGAAGGGCAUUAUUGAGAAACAACCGACGGUUGGCAGCCCCAAAACUGAAUGGUCUGAAAUCGUGGACAACAAGCCGGAAAACGUAUCUCUCUGUAUUAGAAUUCCCCGGCAUCAUCCUCAUGCCGCGGCUGCGACCGAUCACUUGAACUUUGACAAGUCGGAUUCAGUCCCGAAGCUGCACACGGAGUCGAGCUGCUCCGAGCAUGUCGUAUCGCCAGAGUUUGCAAGCGAGGUGCAGAGCGAACCCAAGUGGAGUGAGUGGGAAAAACACCUUGAGUUUCCAUAUAAUUACGCGGGCGCCACCAUGAACAACGGUUUCGAGUCUCAGGCUCAGUUGAUCCUGAGCAAUAAUCAGAUGUGGCCGUUGCAGGACAUUUUCAUGCCCUUCUGAAUGGAUAAACGGUGAUGAAUUGAUCGUAUCCGGUGGGGAAACGAAUUUGCAGGGGCUGCAUCGCACGGCAGCACGAGACAGGAGGAGGUCCAUGAGUGUGCAUGUGCGGUCGAGUAGGUGAUUAUUUUCGCCAAAUUAAGACUAGGAUGGAUGAGGAAGGUGGAAGUAGAUUUGUAUGUGGGGAAUAUUCGGUGCAGCGUUAUGAGCCCAUCGUUUUUGAAGUCCAAGGGUGCUUGCAUGUUGACGUAUCUGGAAGGGACUCGGAAUCGGAAGGACCAAGCAUGCAUGUGUAUAUAGCUUGUUUCUACGUGCGUAAGCUGCUAUGUGAUGGAGUUUUGAACUUUUCAUGUUCCGUAUAAAUUAUAACCAUUUAAUUAAAGUAACCGUUUCAUCUUA